GAGAGGAUUGAAAAUGGAGGGCGAUCCAAUUGUAUCAACUACGGCAUCUUCUCUCUGUUCAUUGCUUGUAGUGAGAGAAAACGAGGAGAUGACUUCGCAUCUUCGGCAGAAGUUUCAGUCUCUCACAGUCUCGUCGAGGUCGGAAGAUGCAAAAGACGGUGAGCUCACCUCCGAGAAUAGAGAAGAAAUGGAGCGGACUCGAAUUCAAACUAUGAAAGCUCUCAUCCUCAAACAAGAUCCAUCCGCUAAGGAUGUGGAUGACUUGAUGAUCCGUAGAUUUCUUCGAGCUCGUGAUCUAGAUGUUGACAAGGCAUCAGCUAUGUUUCUCAAGUAUUUGAAAUGGAGGAGAGAAGCUAUUCCAAAUGGUUUCAUAUCGCCAUCGGAAAUUUCAAAUGAUCUGGCUCAGAAUAAGUUGUUUAUGCAAGGAUAUGAUAGGGCUGGACGCCCGAUUGUCGUCAUUUUUCCUGCCAGGCAUAAGCCUGCUUCCACUACUGUGGAAGAGUUUAAGCGAUUUAAUAUUUACGGUCUUGAGAAAAUUUGUGCCAGAAUGCCUAGCGGACACGAGAAGUUCACUUCCAUUGCUGAUGUACAAGGAUGGGGUUAUGUUAACAGUGACAUAAGGGGAUAUCUUGCUGCAUUAUCUAUUCUGCAAGAUUGCUACCCUGAGGGCAAGCUGUUGAUCAUCAAUGCACCCUACAUAUUUGUGGCUGUUUGGAAGAUGGUUUACCCAUUUAUUGACAAAAACACGAAGAAAAAGAUUGUUUUCGCGGAGGACAACAAACUUCGAGCUACCCUACUUGAAGAUAUCGAUGACAACCAGCUUCCUGAGUGUGUCGGAGGGCCACUGAAAUUGGUACCCAUUCAAGAGUGCUGAUACAGAUCAAGUAGAGAGCCUGCUCAUUACACAUGUAAUCCUUUGUUACGAUGCUUGUGAUUCUACAUCAAUUACUGCUGCCCUCUCAUACACUAUUCUCAAGUUCAGAGAAACUUUACAGCAGAAAGUAAGAUAAAUGCAAUCCUGGCACCUGGCAUAAUGCCAUUUUUAAUAAAAAAGAUAAGAAGGUUGUACAAUAUUAACUUAUUUCACUCAUGUAUCAUUAUAAAACUAAUAUAUAAAGAUAAAAUUCAGAUUCCAUUAA